UCGCCAAAACUCUAUGAAAAUCGUGAAAAAUUGCCAAACGGUUUGAGAGGAUAUUAUGUACAUAGACUUCUUGUAAAUAAUGUGGCACAAUGGGCUUCAGCUCGCUAUUCAUGGUAUGUUUGUAAACUUCUUGACGAAAUUCAUAGACAAGAACGUGAAGAGCUAGAGAACAAGCUUGAAGCAAAAGACAAAAACAUACAGAAAAGAAUACCACGUUCGGUACCAAAAGGAAAGGAAAAGAACUAUAAGUAUAUGAUUUAUACUGAAGAGAUGGAAAAUGAAGAAGACAGAGAUAUGGUUAUGUUGCAUUUAGUCAGAAGAAACAACAAAAGCUUUUACGACCUUGCUAAGAUUUACAAAUCUGACAGAAAUUGGUUCUAUCGCGAAAACUUACCGAUUUCAAUGACACCGAAUGAAGAUGUUAAACAGAUAGUUCAAGAUACGUUACCUCAAACACACUAUGAUAUGAAAGGUUGUACAAUACUUACAUUCAAAGAAGAUUUACCGCUACUGAAGGAAAAAAUAACAGAGUAUUUUGACAACUUCAAACAAGCAGAGUAG